AUGUCUCAGACGCAGGGCGGCUCACAGCCUUCAGCACCAUCCGAACCUUCCGAGUCCGUGUCAGUGACAACGUCCAUAGCGGUGGCGACAUCCGAAAAUGCUCGACAGAGGCGGAAAAUUGCAGCAUUAGAAGAGAAACUGCAAGUGCUCGAGGCUGGGCGCAUGGUGAAACAAAGGGAGACCAACUACUUUAUUUCGCAGGGAAGAGCUAUUAGACGAAUAGUCACAUUGUUUGACAGUAUCGAAGACUUAAUAACCGAGAACGACAGGAGGUACGACAUUGCAGACGAUGAUGAGCGCUACUUACGGGUCUGUCAUCACAGUCAGGAUCGAUUGCACACGGGAUACAUCACCCUUACCAACAUCCUCCCGUGGUUUCAGCCAAAGUGUUCAGAUAUGGAGUACGAGGAAUACGUGCAAAUGUUAAAAAAGCUUAGGCAGGGGGCCGAUAGUGCUCGUGGAGACGACACCUCAAAGCUCAAGAGCCUUGUCCCCGAUUGGGUCAAUCGCGAAUUCAAACCCAAUCCGCCAGUCGAUUACGAGGAUAAGUACAGCCGUGGAUUUGUUAAUGAUGCGUGCGGUAAACUACUCUGCCCAACUGAAUUGGACUGGGAUAAUCCAACCAUCAGAGCGGGAAUUAGGGAUCGUGCUGAUGGCUGCAUUGUAACCGAAAUGUCAUGGCCAACUUUCUUGUAUGAAAAGUACACCGCCGAUCAAGAUAAUCUCGAGGAGGGUCUCUUCAAAAGUACCCUUUUGAUCCAGGCCUUUAAAUCCAUAUUUACUUCUCCUUCCUCCACAAAAGAGAUUGAUGGUGAAGGCGACGGUGCCAAUAUUAUUGAAAAUAACAGAUGCACCAAAAGGGAAUUUUCUGGCAAGAAGGUCAAGACCCAUUUACGAUUCGCACUUUCUUCGGUGACUUCAUGGCAUUCAGUCGAUGGUGACUUUGAUUAUGUACAGUUCUGGCAUAUCAUUGUAGACUUCUUCGAGAAGGCUCCUGGCCAAGCAGCCCAGCGGAAAGUUGACCGCCUCCUUGCGUGGUGGACAAGGAAGGUCUUCGGAACAAGUCGUCGCGCGGAACUCAGUGAUGCAGCCAAGUCCAGCAUGUCCGUAAACGCUCUUGCAAGGCAGAGGGCGCAAGAGGAUGAUGCCCUCUUCGAUUCUGAUUAG